AUGAUUUUUUCAACUCUAGAGCAUAUAUUAACUCAUAUAUCCUUUUCAGUCGUUUCAAUUGUAAUUACAAUUCAUUUUUUAACCUUAUUAGUCGAUGAAGUCGUAGGACUAGAUGAUUCAUCAGAAAAGGGCAUGAUAGUUACCUUUUUCUGUAUAACAGGAUUAUUAGUCACUCGUUGGAUUUAUUCAGGACAUUUUCCAUUAAGUGAUUUAUAUGAAUCAUUAAUCUUUCUUUCAUGGGGUUUCUCCCUUAUUCAUAUGAUUUCCUAUUUUAAAAAGCGUAAAAAUGAUUUAAGCGCAAUAACCGCACCAAGUGCUAUUUUUACUCAAGGCUUUGCCACUUCGGGUCUUUUAACCAAAAUGCAUCAAUCCGCAAUAUUAGCGCCUGCUCUCCAAUCCCAAUGGUUAAUGAUGCACGUAAGUAUGAUGGUAUUAGGCUAUGCAGCUCUUUUAUGUGGAUCAUUAUUAUCAGUAGCUCUUCUAGUCAUUACAUUUCGAAAAGUCAUAAAGAUUAUUGGUAAAAACAAUAAUUUAUUAAAUCAGUCCUUUUCGUUUGGCGAAAUCCAAUACAUGAAUGAAAGAAGCAAUGUUUUAUUAAACACUUAUUUUCUUUCUUCUAAAAAUUAUUACAGGUAUCAAUUGACUCAACAAUUGGAUCGUUGGAGUUAUCGUAUUAUUAGUCUCGGGUUUAUCUUUUUAACCAUAGGGAUUCUUUCGGGAGCCGUAUGGGCUAAUGAGGCGUGGGGAUCAUAUUGGAAUUGGGACCCAAAGGAAACUUGGGCAUUUAUUACUUGGACCGUAUUCGCUAUUUUUUUACAUAUACGAACAAAUAAAAAUGUUGAAGGUGUAAAUUCCGCAAUUGUGGCUUCUAUGGGCUUUCUUAUAAUUUGGAUAUGCUAUUUUGGGGUCAAUCUAUUAGGAAUAGGUUUACAUAGUUAUGGUUCAUUUACAUUAACAUCUAAUUGA